AUGACGGGCGGACGGUUCGACUUCGACGAUGGAGGAACAUACUGCGGAGGAUGGGAGGACGGCAAAGCCCACGGACAUGGCAUCUGUACCGGGCCCAAAGGCCAGGGCGAGUACGCCGGCUCCUGGUCGCACGGCUUUGAGAUAGUGGGGGUGUACACCUGGCCCAGCGGGAAUAUGUACCAUGGCUACUGGUCUCUGGGGAAGCGGCAUGGACUGGGAGUCGAAACCAAAGGGAAGUGGAUUUGCCGUGGUGAGUGGAGUCACGGCUUCAAGGGUCGCUAUGGACUCCGACAGAGCCACAAUACACCUGCGAGGUACGACGGGACGUGGAGUAACGGGCUACAGGACGGAUAUGGGAUCGAGACCUACGGCGACGGUGGUAAGAUACCAGUUAUAGGCUACCAUUAUAAAGGAUUGACAUGUUUUGGGGGGAAUUGCGUGUGUAUCUCUUUAAACCACGAACCAGAGGGAUCUGUCUUGGCUAUCUGUUGUGGUUUGGCGGGUGAAGAGGUUCAUGCACAUAGUGGGCAGAUAAUGGACAUGUGAUUAUAGGGUUAUUGCAGGGGGAUAUUAUUAUAUCUCCUCACAUUUAGACUGAUUGGGGAUUUUGACUUUAGCUCUAUUACGUGCAAGUGAACAUGCUCGCCUUGCACGAGCCAUAAAAUAUUUUAUUUAGUCCUAUAAUAAAUAAUAAUAAUUUUGAUUGAAUAACAUCCUAUUCGAUGUAUUUAAAUAUAAGCAUCAUUUCUAGGCUAUCUGUGCUAGGUGUAGAGGUAACUGACAAAAUAAAGGAAACAUCAUUAUUGUGAAUGUCUUAAUAUGGCAUUGGGCCGCCACCAGAACAGCUUCAAUGUGCCUCGGCAUAGAUUCUACAAGUGUCUGGAACUCUAUUGGAGGGAUGCGACGCCAUUAUUCAACCUGGUCUCAGAGCAUUUCAUAUUAUUCUGUACGCAAAUCCGAGACUCUCCAUUUAGUAUGAUAUGUUACGUUUCGUAUGGUAUGUAUUAAUUUGUGGAUGUCCAUCACCCAUUCGUAUGAUAUGUUACGAGUUACGCUUCGUAUUAUACACUACCGGUCAAACGUUUUAGAACACCUACUCAUUCAAGGGUUUUUCUUUAUUUUUACUAUUUUUUACAUUGUAGAAUAAUAGUGAAGACAUCAAAACUAUGAAAUAACACAUAUGGAAUCACGUAGUAACCAAAAAAGUGUUAAACAAAUCGAAAUAUAUUUCUUCAAAUAGCCACCCUUUAAACUUGAGGACAGCUUUGCACAGUCUUUGCAUUCUCUCAACCAGCUUCACCUGGAAUGCUUUUCCAACAGUCUUGAAGGAGUUCCCACAUAUGCUGAGCACUUGUUGGCUGCUUUUCCUUCACUCUGCGGUCCGACUCAUGCCAAACCAUCUCAAUUUGGUUGAGGUUGGGGGAUUGUGGAAGCCAGGUCAUCUGAUGCAGCACUCCAUCACUCUCCUUCUUGGUAAAAUAGCCCUUACACUGCCUGGAGGUGUGUUGGGUCAUUGUCCUGUUGAAAAACAAAUGAUUGUCCCACUAAACCCAAACCAGAUGGGAUGGCGUAUCACUGCAGAAUGCUGUGGUAGCCAUGCUGGUUAAGUGUGCCUUGAAUUCUAAAUAAAUCACAGCAAAGCACCCCCACACCAUAACACCUACUCCUGCAAGCUUUACGGUGGGAAAUACACAUGCGGAGAUCAUCCGUUCACCCACACUGCGUCUCACAAAGACACGGCGGUUGGAACCAAAAAUCUCAAAUUUGGACUCCAGACAAAAGGACACAUUUCUACUGGUCUAAUGUCCAUUGCAUGUGUUUCUUGGACCAAACAAGUCUCUUCUUCUUAUUGGUGUCCUUUAGUAGUGGUUUCUUUGCAGCAAUUCGACCAUGAAAGCCUGAUUCACACAGUCUCCUCUGAACAGUUGAUGUUGAGAUGUCUGUUACUUGAACUCUGUGAAGCAUUUAUUUGGGCUACAAUUUCUGAGGCUGGUAACUCUAAUUAACUUCUCCUCUGCAGCAGAGGUAACUCUGGGUCUUCCAUUCCUGUGGUGGUCCUCAUGAGAGCCAGUUUCAUCAUAGCGCUUGAUGGUCUUUGCGACUGCACUAGAAGAAACAUUCAAAGUUCUUGAAAUGUUCCGUAUUGACUGACCUUCAUGUCUUAAAGUAACGAUGGACUGUCAUUUCUCUUUGCUUAUUUGAGCUGUUCUUGCCAUAAUAUGGACUUGGUCUUUUACCAAAUAGGGCUAUCUUCUGUAUACCACCCCUACCUUGUCACAAAACAACUGAUUGGCUCAAACGCAUUAAGAAGGAAAGAAAUUCCACAAAUUAACUUUUAAUAAGGCACACCUGUUAAUUGAAAUGCAUUCCAGGUGACUACCUCAUGAAGCUGGUUGAGAGAAUGCCAAUAGUGUGCAAUGCUGUCAUCAAGGCAAAGGGUGGCUAUUUGAAGAAUUUGAAAUAUAAAAUAUAUUUUGAUUUGUUUAACACUUUUUUGGUUACUACAUGAUUCCAUAUGUGUUAUUUCAUAGUUUUGAUGUCUUCACUAUUAUUCUACAAUGUAAAAAAUAGUAAAAAUAAAGAAAAACCCUUGAAUGAGUAGGUGUUCUAAAACUUUUGAUCGGUAGUGUAUGUUACGAAUUUGCAAAACGUACAAUAUGUUACGAAUUUGCAAAACGUAUAUGUUAUGAAUUCUAGCUAGGUGGCUAACGUUAGCUAACUGGCUAAUGUUAGCUAGGUUCGGGGUUAGGGUUAAGUUUAGGAGUUAGGUUAAUGGGUUAGGGUUAGGGGAAGGGUUAGCUAACAUGCUAAGUAGUUGCAAAGUAGCUAAAAAGUAGUAAGUAGUUGAAAAAGUUGCUAAAUAGCUUAAAUACUAAAGUUGUCAGUAACCUUCUAUCUUAUGUAACCAUACCAAAGGUAACAUAUCACACCAAUUAGAGUGUCACGGAUUUACUUUACUAUGUUACGUCUAGUCUAUGAGACCAGGCUGUUCUACGAUAAAUUCCAUCAUUUGGUGUUUUGUUGAUGUUGGUGGAAAACGUGGUCUCAGGCGCUGCUCCAGAAUCUCCCAUGAGUGUUCAAUUGGGUUGAGAUCAUCUGGUGACUGACAUACACACUCUAAACCCCCUAUUCUCUUUUGAGACCCAUCUUUCAAAGUCACUGAGAUAUUUUCUUCUAGCCAUGGUAAUGAAAAUAAUUGGAACUGGGCAUUUUUAUACGUGACCCUAAGCAUUAUGGGAUGUUAACUGCUUAAUGAACUCAGGAACCUCACCUGUGUGGAAGCACCUCAUUUACUCAAGUGUUUCCUUUAUUUUGGCAGUUCCCUGUAACAUUUCCAUUUUAGUCAUUUAGAAGAGCUUUUACCCAGAGAGACUUCAGCAUUUAUCUAAAGAUAGCUAUGUAAGACAACCUCUAUUUAUACAGAAGUAUGUAUCUGGGGCGGCAGGUAGCUUAGUGGUUAAGAGUGCUGUGCCAGUAACGAAAGGAAGCUGGUUCUAAUCCCCGAGCCGACUAGGUGAAAAAUCUGCCGAUGUGCCCUUGAGCAAGGCACUUAACCCUAAUUGCUCCUGUAAGUCGCUCUGGAUAAGAGCGUCUGCUAAAUGACUCAAAAAAAAUGUGGACACCCCUUUAAAUGACUGGAUUUGGUUAUUUAAUAUGCCAUUCAGGUAUUUCAGCCACACCCGUUGCUGACAGGUGUAUAAAAUCGAGCACAAAGCCAUGCAAUCUCCAUAGACAAACAUUGGCAGUAGAAUGGCCUUACUGAAGAGCUCAGUGACUUUCAACGUGGUACCGUCAUAGGAUGCCACCUUUUCAACAAGUCAGUUGUCAAAUCUCUGCCCUGCUAGAGCUGCCCCGGUCAACUGUAAGUGCUGUUAUUGUGAAGAGGAAACGUUUAGGAGCAACAACGGCUCAGCCGCGAAGUGGUAGGCCACACAAGCUCACAGAACGGGACCACUGAGUGCUGACGCCCGUAGCACGUAAAAAUCGUCUGUCCUCGGUUGCAACACUCACUUCCGAGUUCCAAACUGCCUCUGGAAGCAACGUCAGCACAAUAACUGUUAGUCUGGAGCUUCAUGAAAUGGGUUUCCAUGGCCGAGCAGCCACACACAAGCCUAAGAUCACCAUGCGCAAUGCCAAGCGUCGGCUGGAGUGGUGUAAAACUAGCCGCCAUUGGACUCUGGAGCAGUGGAAACAUGUUCUCUGGAGUGAUGAAUCACGCUUCACCAUCUGGCAGUCCGACGAACUAAUCUGGGUUUGGCAGAUGCCAGGGGAACGCUACCAGCCCGAAUGCAUAGUGCCAACUCUAAUGUUUGGUGGAUGAGGAAUAAUGGUCUGGGGGUGUUUUUCAUGGUUCGGGCUAGGCCCCAUAGUUCCAGUGAAGGGAAAUCUUAACUCUACAGCAUACAAUGACAUUCCUCCCCCACCCCCCCAUUAAAAAAAAAAAAAAAAGAAAAAAAAAAGUGGUUGUCCAACUCAAUAUCAGAAGUUGAAUGCAUCAAUUUGUAUGUCGCUCUGGAUAAGAGCGUCUGCUAAAUGAUGUAAAUGUAAAUGUCUUCUUGUUGUGACGUUGAUAGCCAUUGCCUUGACUGCUGUAGAAGGGCUCAUACCCCAGGAUCCAGCACCAGAUUUAUGUUUAUAUAAAGGUGGAGUCGAGCAAAUCUCAGGCAUGGCUGUGAGACGUGGCUGUGAGACGUGGCUGUGAGACGUGGCUGUGAGACGUGGCUGUGAGACGUGGCUGGGAGACGUGGCUGUGAGACGUGGCUGUAUCUAGGGGUGGUUCUGUUGUUGUUGCUGAGCCUCCUAACUUGUGUUAGCUAGCUAGCAAUUGCUGUGAUGUCACCAAAAUGACUUGAAAUAGCGAUUGAGGUGGUGGAUAGGUGUAAUCUAACUCAACACUAAAACCUCUACUGGAUCGGUGUCCUGAAAUCGGGACAGUUGUUGCUCAAUAUGCGAUAAUGUGACUAGAAUGACGUUGUAAACAGCAGCCAACUUUCAUGGGACAUAGACAUGUCUUAUAUGGGCAGAAAGCUUAAAUUAUUGUUAAUCUAACUGCAGUGUUCAAUUUACAGUAGCUAUUACAGCGAAAAAAUACCAUGCUAUUGUUUGAGGAUAGUUCACAACAACAAAACACUUUUAUCACGGCAACUGGUUUGAUACAUUCACCUCUGAAGGUAAAUAAUGUACUUACAUUCAGUAAUCUUGCUCUAAUUUGUCAUCCUGAGGGUCUCAGAGAUCAAAUGUAGCAUAGUUUUGUUGGAUGAAAUCCAUUUUUAUAUCCUAACACGAUCCCAUGUUGUAUACAGCGUUUCGCAUUAAUUCAGACUCUUUCAACUUGCAACAAAACAAUCUUUUUGUGACUGCACUUGAAGAAACUAAAAAAUUAUUGAAAUGUUCCGUAUUGACUGACCUUCAUGUCUUAAAGUAAUGAUGGACUGUCGUUUCUCUUGGCUUAUUUGAGUUGUUCUUGCCAUAAUAUGGACUUGGUCUUUUACCAAAUAAGGCUAUCUUCUGUAUACCCUCCCUACCUUGUCACAACACAACUGAUUGGCUCAAGAAGGAAAGAAAUUCCACAAAUUAACUUUUAUGAAGGCACAGCUGUUAAUUGAAAAUGCAUUCCAGGUGACUACCUCAUGAAGCUGGUUGAGAGAAUGCCAAGAGUGUGCAAAGCUGUCAUCAAGGCAAAGGGUGGCUACUUUGAAGAAUCUCACAUUUAAAAUAUAUUUUGAUUUGUUUAACACUUUUUUUGGUUACUACAUGAUUCCAUAUGUGUUAUUUCAUAGUUUUGAUGUCUUCACUAUUAUUCUACAAUGUAAAAAAAUGUCAAAAUAAGGAAAAACCCUUGAAUGAGUAGAUGUGUCCAAACUUUUGACUGGUACCGUAUGUUAAAUAUAUAUAUUUUUACAAUAUAUUUUCCUUUAUUAUUUUCCCCUAACCCCACCACCCCUCCCCUAAUUGGAGUAAACUAAUGGACAACAACACUUAGGCUUCUAUUUCCAGCUUACCUAUACUAAAUACAUGUCACAGACACAUUUUACAAUAGUUAUCUUUUUUAAUGUUUUUAUCCCAUCCUUCAGCUACCCUCAACCCCUCCCAUCUAUCUCCUGAAGACCAUCCAGUUUUGAUUUCUAUUUGCCAUAUAUAUUAAGGGAUAUCUAUCACUACAGCAUACAAUGACAUUAUAGCAUGACAAUGCCCGGUGCACAAAGCGAGGUUCAUACAGAAAUGGUUUGUCGACAUCAGUGUUGGAAGAACUUGACUGUUCUGCACAGAGCCCUGACCUCAACCCCAUAGAACGCCUUUGGGAUGAAUUGGAACGCCGACUGUGAGCCAGCGCCUAAUCGCCCAACAUCAGUGACUGACCUCACUAAUGCUCUUGUGGCUGAAUGGAAGCACGUCCCCGCAGCAAUGUUCCAACAUCUAGUGGAAAGCCUUCCCAGAAGAGUGGAGGCUGUUAUAGAAGCAAAGAGGGGACCAACUCCAUGUUAAUGCUGGUGACUUUCAACAUACUUUAUUAUUAUAAUUUUUUCAGCGGAUAUGGGUGAGGGUUGAGGUAUGUACGUACAGUGCAUUCGGAAACUAUUCACAACCCUUGACUUUUUCCACAUUUUGUUACGUUACAACCUUAUUCUACAAUUGAUUAAAUAGUUUUGUCCCCGCAUCAAUCUACACACAAUACCCCAUAAUGACGAAGCAAAAACUGGUUUUUAGAAAUUUACAUAAGUUUUCAGACCCUUUACUCAGUACUUUGUUGAAGCACCUUUGGCAGCGAUUACAGCCUCAAGUCUUCUUGGGUAUGACGCUACAAGCUUGGCACACCUGUAUUUGGGGAGUUUCUCCCAUUCUUCUCUGCAGAUCCUCUCAAGCUCUGUCAGGUUGGAUGGGGAGAGUUGCUGCACAGCUAUUUUCAGGUAUCUCCAGAGAUGUUCGAUCAGGUUCAAGUCCGGGCUCUGGCUGGGCCACUCAAGGACAUUCAGAGACUUGUCCCGAAGCCACUCCUGCGUUGUCUUGGCUGUGUGCUUAGGGUCAUGUGCCUUUUACUGAGGAGUGGCUUCCGUCUGGCCACUACCAUAAAGACCUGAUUGGUGGAGUGCUGCAGAGAUGGUUGUCCUUCUGGAAGGUUCUCCCAUCUCCACAGAGGAACUCUGCAGCUCUUUCAGAGUGACCAUCAGGUUCUUGGUCACCUCCCUGAUAAAGGCCCUUCUCCCCUGAUUGCUCAGUUUGGCCGGGUUGCCAGCUCUAGGAAAAGUGUUGGUGGUUCCAAACUUCUUCCAUUUAAGAAUGAUAGAGGCCACUAUUCUUGGGGACCUUCAAUGCUGCAGACAUUUUUUGGUACCCUUCCCCAGAUCUGUGCCUUUACAUAAUCCUGUCUCGGAGGUCUACGGACAAUUCCUUCGACCUCUUGGUUUUUGCUCUGACAUGCACUGUCAACUGUGGGACCUUAUAUGGAAAGGUGUGUGCCUUUCCAAAUCAUGUCCAAUCAAUUGAAUUUACCACAGGUGGACUCCAAACAAGUUAUAGAAAUAUCUCAAGGAUGAUCAAUGGAAACAGGAUGCACCUGAUCUCAAUUUCGAGUCUCAUAGCAAAGGGUCUGAAUACUUAUGUAAAAUAAGGUAUUUGUUGUGUGUUUUUUUAUUUUUAUACAUUUGCAAAAAUUUAUACAAACCUGUUUUCACUUUGUCGUUAUGGAGUAUUGUGUGUAGAUUGAUGACGAAAAACAUUCAUUAAUCAAUUUUAGAAUAAGGCUGUAACGUAACAACAAAAUGUGGAAGAAGUCAAGGGGUCUGAAUACUUUCUGAAUGCACUGUAUGUAGGGUUGGGGUGAGGGUUGGCGUGACAGUUGGGGUUGGGUUAAGAGGUAUGUAUGUAUGGUGAGCGUUGGGGUGAGGGUUGGGUGAGUGUUGGGUUAAAAGGUAUGUAUGUAUGUAUGUAUGUAUGUAGUGUUGGGGUUGGGUUACGAGGUAUUUAUAUAGGGUGAGUGUUGGGGUGAGGGUGAGUGUUGGGGUGAGGGUGAGCGUUGGCGUGAGCGUUGGGGUGAGCGUUAAGAAGUAUGUAGUAGGGCUAAACGAUUUGGACAAAAAUUCUAAUAAAUAUCUACUAGCGAUUUUAUUUUUGGCCAGAUAUUGCUGUUGUCAAACACCUGUGUGAAAACUUGGUAAAUCCAAUUGACACGGUUAAAACAAGUGUCAGGGCAGAGAGCAUUACUUCUAAAAUGAGAUCAUAUGAAUUAAUACACACUGUGCUAACUGAAUACAAAAACGAAUUAAACAAAUAUUUUCCAACAUUGUUAUACGCAUGAAAUUAGAUUAUUACACUGACAUAUUAACAAACAUUCAUUUGUAACAUGAUCAUCAAAAUAUAGUAUGCUAUAAAGCGCAGCACUUAUUAAUUAAUUAAUAACAUUAUGAGUUCCUACUUCCUAUUUGACCAUGAUGAGUUAUUGUAGUCUUGUGGUCCUCUGUAGCUCAGCUGGUAGAGCACGGCGCUUGUAACGCCAGGGUAGUGGGUUCGAUCCCCGGGACCACCCAUACGUUAAAAAUGUAUGCGCGCAUGACUGUAAGUCGCUUUGGAUAAAAGCGUCUGCUAAAUGGCAUAUUAUUAUUAAUAGCCUAAGUUAAUUCUGUAUUCAGGUAGCGAUAGGCUGCAGAUGGAACAGGAAGCUGGUGAGAGUAUAAUUCUGUAGAAGUAGGCUCAAUCAAUAUUAUUAUUGAAAUUAGAAGUCAAAGUGCCUUAAAAAAUGUAACACGUAGCCAACUGAUGGUCUUUACCACGUUUGGUCCAGUCAUCAGCGUGAUGGUCUUUUACCACGUUUGGUCCAGUCAUUAAUGUGAUGGUCUUUACCACGUUUGGUACAGUCAUCAGCGUGAUGGUCUUUACCACGUUUGGUACAGUCAUUUAAUGUGAUGGUCUUUACCACGUUUGGUACAGUCAUUUAAUGUGAUGGUCUUUACCACGUUUGGUUCAGUCAUCAGCGUGAUGGUCUUUACCACGUUUGGUUCAGUCAUCAGCGUGAUGGUCUUUACCACGUUUGGUACAGUCAUCAGCGUGAUGGUCUUUACCACUUUUGGUACAGCCAUUAAUGUGAUGGUCUUUACCAUGUUUUAGCCAGUCACCGGCCUUUCAGUUGAAACUUCUCAUCAAUAAAGUGUGCUGUCAAACUGAUGUAAGGCUGGGUUGUUCUACAAGAACAAAGGCCUGUUGUAGUUACGUAAUAAUGAGCUCUCUUUCAACUUCUCCCUUAUUUGUGUUCUACAGUGUUGGGAUGGAGACUUGGGCAAAAUACUGUAUGUUCUAGAUAGAACCUUCUAUCUCCUGUCCAGCUUAUUUAUCAUCUUUCUUGAAGCUGUCUUUGCUGACAGUGGAAAUAGCCAAAGACGUGAUUCCUGUACAUUACAUUACAUGUAUGUCAUUUAGCAGAUGCUCUUAUCCAGAGCGACUUCCAAAUUGGUGCAUUCACCUUAUGAUAGCCAAUUUAUUUUAUUUUUUUGAGUAUAUUCUUAAUUUCCAUUGGUUUUAUAUAUAUAUAAAAAAAAUUAUUUUUUCAAAUUUGAUUUUUUUAUUUCAUUUGUAUUAUUAUUUUUCUUUUUCAUUAUUUUUUGAAUUUUUAUCAUUAGAUAGGUGAUAGCCUUGGUGAUGUAUGUCUGUCUGCGAGAUGUUUUUCUGUAUGGUGUUACACUUGAAACACAUCGGCAAUCAAUGCCUGCUUAACGUAGGUGGCUGGCUAUGGCUGCAAUCAAUGCCUGCUUAACGUAGGUGGCUGGCUAUGGCUGCAAUCAAUGCCUGCUUAACGUAGGUGGCUGGCUAUGGCUGCAAUCAAUGCCUGCUUAACGUAGGUGGCUGGCUAUGGCUGCAAUCAAUGCCUGCUUAACGUAGGUGGCUGGCUAUGGCUGCAAUCAAUGUCUGCUUAACGUAGGUGGCUGGCUGUGGCUGAGGGGUUUUUCACCACUCUGUAAAGUAGAGGGUGGUUCUUCUUCAGAUUAUUGAAUAAAUCUGUCAUGUUGCCUUUUGUUGUUGCUACAACUCUGAGGCCCUUUUUUUCACAACACUUGCAUUUGGUUGAUCGGUUUGCCUGUAGCUGAAAUACUGCCAUACCACCGAAGAUGUGCUGAAAUACUGCCAUACCACUGAAGAUGUGCUGAAAUACUGCCAUACCACUGAAGAUGUGCUGAAAUACUGCCAUACCACUGAAGAUGUGCUGAAAUACUGCCAUACCACCGAAGAUGUGCUGAAAUACUGCCAUACCACUGAAGAUGUGCUGAAAUACUGCCAUACCAGUAUUUCACACUGUAACCUCUCAUAGUAAAGUCACACUGUAACAUCUCAUAGCAAAGUCACACUGUAACCUCUCAUAGUAAAGUCACACUGUCACCUCUCAUAGUAAAGUCACACUGUAACCUAUCAUAGUAAAGUCACACUGUCACCUCUCAUAGUAAAGUCACACUGUAACCUCUAAUAGUAAAGUCACACUGUAACCUCUCAUAGUAAAGUCACACUGUCACCUCUCAUAGUAAAGUCACACUGUCACCUCUCAUAGUAAAGUCACACUGUCACCUCUCAUAGUAAAGUCACACUGUCACCUCUCAUAGUAAAGUCACACUGUCACCUCUCAUAGUAAAGUCACACUGUAACCUCUCAUAGUAAAGUCACACUGUAACCUCUCAUAGUAAAGUCACACUGUAACCUCUCAUAGUAAAGUCACAGGGUGCGCUCAACAUUUCAGCCAACCUUAAAGUCCAGACUGACUGAUCUACUCUGUGACUUUACCAUGAGUGGUUACAGUGUGACUUUACUAUGAGAGGUUUCAGUGUGACUUUACUAUGAGAGGUUACAGUAAUCACAUUGCAUCGUAAAUAUCUAGCCUACUCAAUAUUAUUUGUAGAUCAGUCAGUCAGUCAGUCACAAUUUCCGUAUGAUACGUCACGGUUUUGAUGCACUCUAACCUGGCCAUUGAGACAAGUAUAUUGUCCAAGAUACUUCUUUAUUGUAUAGAUGGGUCCCUUUUAGAUCAGACCUGACUCGCCAUAGUAGCUUAGAACGUUCACAACACAUUAUCUUGGAACAUUGAAGGGAAGUGUUUCAUUCGAUCAGUCAGGAGGAGUGUUCCGUGCUGGUCAGGGAGACUGCACUGGAUGGCUUUAUCCCAAAUGGCACCCUAAUCCCUAUAUAGUGCGCUACUCUUGACUAGGACCCACUAUGUAGGGAAUAGAGUGCCAUUUGGAACGCAGACUACCGUAUGUACAGUAUCUGGAGAUUGCCAUUGUUCUGUCUGAAUAAUUGUGAUCUACACUGAGUGUACAAAACAUUAAGAACACCUUCCUAAUAUUGAGUUGGACCUGUGGCUUUUAAUUAUUACUUUUAAGAUCAAUCAACCAAUCAAUCAAUCAAUCAAUCAACCAACCAAUCGAGUAAUCAGCCAGCCAACCAACUAGCCAACCGAUGAUCUAUUCACCCCCAUCGUUAUUGUUCUGUGUCUCCUCCAGGUACAUACCAGGGCCAGUGGAUGGGUGGGAUGCGUCAUGGUUACGGCGUGCGCCAGAGUGUUCCCUACGGCAUGGCCACGGUAAUACAGUCCCCACUCCGUACCUCCCUGGCGUCCCUGCGCUCCGAGCAGAGUAACGGCGCCGUGCUCCAGGACCUCUCGGGUGACACUCCCACCGGCGGCCGCGGCGGGUUCGUCCUCAACUUCCACUCGGAUAGCGAAGUGGUCACCGGGAAGAAGAAGAAGAAGGGGCUGUUCCGCCGCGGGUCGCUGUUCGGGAGCCUCCGCCGGCUCCACAAGUCCGAAUCGAAGUCGUCCAUCUCCAGCAAGAGGAGCUCGGCACUCAGCGACGCCGCUAUGAGCCGCAUCAGCUCCUCCGACGCAGACGCCAACUCCACCGUCUCCCUGGGCGACGCAGAGCUGCCGGAAGAGGACCUGCUAUUGGAGGAUCACGUGGACGCCACCACCACCGAGACGUACAUGGGGGAGUGGAAGAACGACAAGCGCAACGGGUUCGGCGUCAGCGAACGUUCCAACGGGAUGAAGUACGAGGGGGAGUGGCUGAACAACAAGCGCCACGGUUACGGGUGCACCACCUUCCCCGAGGGCAACAAGGAAGAAGGGAAGUACAAGAAUAACGUGCUGGUGCGUGGAAUAAGGAAGCAGUUGAUCCCGCUAAAGAACCCCAAAACCAAAGAGAAAGUGGACCGGGCCGUGGAGGGGGCGCAGAGGGCAGGGGCUAUCGCCAGGACGAAAGUGGAAAUAGCAGCUUCGAGGUAG